AUGUCAACGAAAGUAGGUAAGAAAAGGUGUUCAAAUAAGGAUCCACUAAUUAAAAAGCCGGUAUCUCUGGUGGAGCAAAUUGCAAGCACUUCAACAGCCCAUCUGAAGACCAGGGAGAAAAAAAGAAAACGAAAGAACGAAGAGGAUGACGAGUUAUCUGCCUUGAAAAACCUUUCUAAGGAGACUUUGUUAUCCUCACCAAAGGAAUCUGAUGAAGAUGCUGGAAGUGAUGAUGAAGUUGAUGCAGCAGCAGCUGGUUACAUGCAUCCUGAUGAUGAGGAGUUAGAUGAGGAAGUAAAAAAUCAAUUUGAAAGAUUUUUCAAUAAACCCGAUGAAAAAAAGUUUGCUGAUGAGUUCGCUUAUGCAAUCUCCUCGAAAAGGACAGAUAUUGAAAGCCAGUGUUCAGAUGUGGCAUCAAUUGAAAUGGAACUGAAUGAGGAUGUCAUUAAUUUAUUCAGAGGAGUUGGCCAAGUGUUAAGCUCACACAGAUCAGGUCCCGUUCCUAAGCCAUUGAAAAUCAUACCUAAAUAUCGCAUUUGGGAAAAGUUGUUGGAGUUGACAGAACCAGAUACAUGGAGCACCGCAGCUGUUCUUGCAGCCACACGAAUUUUCGUCUCAAACCUGAAAGACAGGCAAGUUGCUAGGUAUGUAAAGAGAGUUUUGUUGCCAAGAGUCCGAAAUGAUAUUAAAGAGUUUAAACGAAUCAAUCCUCACCUUUAUGAAGCCCUGAUGAGAUGCAUGUUCAAAUCCUAUGGAUUCAUCAAAGGUUUUCUUUUGCCACUGUGCAGUGCAGAAGACUGCACAGCACGUGAGGCCACGAUAGUUUCGAGUGUUUUGGCUCAUUGUUCCAUGAAAAUGGAGCAUUCAGCAUUAGCUAUGAUGGAAAUGUGUCAGAUGCCUUAUUCACCUGCCAUCUCCAUAUUCCUUACAACUCUCCUGGACAAAAAAUUUGCUUUGCCUUAUACAGUUGUUGAUGAUUUAGUCAAUUAUUUUUUGAGGUUCCAAAGUAUGAAGCGGCAAGAUUUGCCAGUUUUAUGGCAUCAAUGCCUUCUAACCUUUGCACAAAGGUAUAAGCAAGAUGUUUCGUCAAAGCAAAAAGACGCUCUAAUUCAGCUUCUAAAAUUAUGUCCUCACAAAGACAUAACCCCUGAAAUAAUGCGGGAGCUUGUGAAUGCUAAAUGCAGAGACAUUGGGGUAUCAGAUUAA